AGCGCCAGUGUCAAUAUGGCCGCCGAGGCAAGUGUACUUUGUGGAGUGACGCGCUCGCGGUAGUGCCUUGGGCACGGUUACUCGGCUCGCGCGGCGUCAUGAACCUCGUAUAAGUUCCUCGGGCCGCGCCGGGCCACUCUGGGAUUCCACUCGUGCACCGAUGUGCGCCCGCCUCGCCGCCAAGAUGGGAUCCACCAUCGGGGUCUCCCCCACGGACGCCUUUUCCAAGACGCCGCAAGACGUGAAAACAACGCAGGGGGACGAAGAGAAGGCCAACACAGAGGUGGACAAGUCCUCCGCGGUGAAUUUAUUUCCCUGGAUCCCCGAAUUCAAGGAAAUGUGCCGUGGCUCGUUGGCUCAGCGAAGUAUGACCUCCCUUGUACAGCUCAUGAAGCAUUACUCGAGGAAGGUGAGCCCGAGCGUAGGCGAGUGCUCGACCAAGCCGAUAAGAGCGGCCAAAUUGAAGGAGUCCAUUAGCGAGAGUUUACUUUUCUUCCUCUACUACUACCGAGAACUACCCGAGGUGUGCCAGCGCGACGUUUAUUUGGAUGUCAUGUCUGAUCUGCUGGCGAUGUUUAUGGACAUGGAGCUCAAGGCCUCCAGGAGGGGCAAGGAGCACCACGGCAAGAUCUCGGCGAGACUCGCCUCGUGCCUCUACAUUUACCUCGAACAUUCCACGGAGCAUUUACUCGAUACGCUUAUAAAGAUCCGCUUCAUGAGCCGCAGUUACCAGCACAUCCUGGACCCGCUAAUUGAGAAGAUUCUCAAAAGCGUACCUGCUCAUCCGAAUUCGGACGUGAUGUACAUACGCUACCUCCUGGUGUACCGACUCUGGAAGAAGGUGAACAACGACGUUACGAGGAAGAACCUCAUCAACGCGGCGGCCAUCUCCUCCCUGGGUGAACCGCCGCCGGUCCUUCCGUCGUUUCUAACGAAAUACGUACUACCGAAAGUGCCAAAUACCGAGGAGAACUCCACCAGGUUCUACCUCCUACACAAGUUCGACGUGGAGGAGUCCUGCAGGCUGUUCGUGAGGUUCUGCGCGAACGGCGGGGAGGACCCCGAGGGACAGGGUGACAAGGACGUGAGCUUUAUCCUGCAGGGAACCGAGGCAAGUGGCUUACUCAAGACGGCGUCUAGCUGCCAAGAUACUCUAAAUAUUGGAAGUGACUUCGACACGACCGCAUCGAAUAGUUGUAGGGCGUCGUCGUUAGGCGCGUCGACGGUCGCAGUUUCGGUGAAUGAGUCGUCUUCGGGGGGUCCGGUCGGCGCGAAGGGUCGUUCGGUCGACGGGCCCCCGACGAAGCCAGUUCCCACGGGCAAGACCUCGAAGAGGCCCAGACCCCGGAGGAACGGCGACAUAGUGUACAUAGACUUGACGGCCGACGAGACGGUCGAGAAAGUGAUUAAAAAUCCGCGGCACAAACGACUGGCCUGGUUAAAGGAGACGAAGAAGGCGGUCAUGUUAGCCAGGAAGAAGGAGAAGAGGAAACCGGAGAGCUCGGAGGGUCUGGAGAACGCGACGACCGCGAGCAAUCGUCUAGAAGAGGCUACCAGCUCUCGGUUCAACCUCGGCAAGGAAGAUUCAACCUCGAAGAGCGAAGCCUGCCUCACCUCGGACUCGGGCGUCGAGGUCGACAAAGUCGAGUCCUUGGACUCCGACACCACGACUGCGGAUAGUUUGGGAUCCACGAGCGAUGAAACGCUACCUAAGGUCGCGCAGGACCCCGCAGACCUCUCCUCGAGGCUAAGCGGCAGCGUCCUGGGGACGACGGAAUCCUCCCGGAAGACGCGGGAAAACUCCCUGAGUGCUCUCAAUGACAUCAUGAAGUACUACGACAGUGACAGCGCCGUGGACGCGAGCAGCGACGAAUACGGGGAUAGGAUGAGGAAGACGAAGAGGUGCAACGGAGCCAUCUCGAGCGACGUCGGACCUGGAAGAGAAGAAACCCCGGACAGGCACCUGGAAGACAAAAAACAUGCGAACCCGAAGAGCGAAGAGGUAUCGAUACAAUCGUACAAACUGAAUGCUCGACUGGAGGGAACCGGUGAUAAGUCUGAUGACGGAGCAAGGAUCAGAUUAAAUGGGACUAUCGGGGGCGAAAUUAGAUCCUGCGAGGAGGUUCCUGGUCAGCUGGCGUGUCGCGUACUUCGUCUGCAAACCGUGGACAAGACGAGGGAGGAGGUGUUGAAACGAUCAUCCAAACCCAAUACCCGUCCACAGGUAGCUGAGAAUAAAUCCUGGAAGGACGAAGUCAGCUGGAAGUCGCCGAGAAACGCCACCCAGUCGCAAUCGGACGGGAUGUCCUGCCAGGAGGACCUCGCCAAAUCCAAGUACAACGGUGGCGCGCAGGUGGAAGAUUGCAAGCCUCGAAAAGACGCGUCCAAGCAGGUGCCGAAAAACGGCACCCUGCUCCAGGUGGCCGACAUCACCAGUGCCGGGCCCAAGAGUCCUGGUGGCGUCUCGGAGACGCUUCCCGAUACCACCGAUAACACCGUUAUCGGUUCCGAGACGUCCUGCGAGGUGGACGCGAAAAUCACCGGCGACCUUCCGAGUCUAUCGAGCAGCGUUCCUCUGGAGAGGGACCAUCCCAGGAUGUUGGAGAAGACCUUGGUCUCGGACCUCGGGCAUGCUUCCUGCUUCGACAGGGGAACUCUGCUCGACGGAGAGAUCGCAGUGGCCUCGGAGGUGGUCGUGUCCGAGUCCAAGGUGGAGGAUGCCGUCAACUUCCCGGUGGACGGUCCGGAGAGAUCAAAGAGGGUCACGCCGAGUCCGGUGGUCUCACUCAAGGUGGAGAACGAGCAGAAUGCGAUCAACGGGCAUAAACUGGGACAAAAUGAGAGACGGACUGACUCGACCGACGCGUCCUUCGCGGAGAGACGACCGGAGCCUGGCUCGAGGUCGUCUUCCGGCGAGGUUGCGGUUCAAGGAUGCGGUCCACCCAGGUCUGGAGACAGACAAGACCGACGGUCGCACGUCGUGGAUCACCAGAAAAGCGCUCUCGUCGCCAGUGGCCCCUGCUCUGGCAGUAACAAGGACUUCAAGGAGGAGAGGACUGGCGAGACGCGGAACCUCUACGCGAUCCAGGAGUCCGACUUUCAGGACAUCGACGGGCUGACUCUCCUGGCGUGCGUGUCCCAGAGGGUUUCGCACUUGAAGUCAAAAAGUCGGUGCACCUCGAGCAGCGACCUGGUCAAGGAGAAGGCCACCGCGAAGGAGCCGUCCCCGGGUCGCAGCACCGACGACGAGACCGACACGAACGAUUCCUCGAACACGGUGGUGCGUCUCUGCAAGGACCCCUCCACGGACAUCAUCAACAGGAUCGUCGGGAUCUACCCCGAAAAGGCCCUCGACAAGGUCACGCAACAGGUGGAGGUGACAUCGACCGAGGCCGUGGACCCGGACAGCACGCAAAAUCAUUCUGGCAAUCCGGUCCCCCCGGUCUUGGAGGCGUCUUCGAGGUCGGAGAACGAUGUCGUCGCCAUGGAGGGCGGUAACCACUUCAUCUGGGAGAACGCCAACGUGAUCUUGAACGGCGAGACGGUGAUGCUGUGCCGAAAGUCACCGAAUAGCAAGCUCUAUAUCAUCAACAAGGCCGUGGAGAACGGCAGGGCGAGCUGCAACGAGGAGAAGGUCGGGAAGACGCGCAGUGGCGACCGGGACAAGAAGCACAGGCUGGAAAAUUGGCCGAAGCGCCCGGAGCCCUCGGAGAUGUCGGGCUACCCUAGCCUGGGUCGGGAUGUAGCCUUUAAUAACUCCAUCAAGGUCGAGCCGCAAGAGGAGGCCGCGGAGAGCUGGCACGUCGAUGGGAAGUUCACCAGGUGCAAGAGUAAAUUCAAGGUCGACGUCAGGCUGGAACACGAGGCGCAGCCGAAGCCGGUGGGGUACGUCGAGGCAUCUCACCUGGUCCCGGGCGCGGGGAAGGCAAUGCCUUUGGUGGAGAAGCGCCUGAUCAGGCGGCAGGACAUCAAGCAGGAGUUCCCAGGAUGCCAGGCCGACCUGGGUGGUAGGUCGACCUCGAGUCUCGGGGUGCAAACCUGCGGAGCUCUGCACCAGCUCCCUCGAGACCUGGUGGAGCCUCAGCGCCCUGGUUUGCACGUGGGUUCCUCGUCGAUGGGUCCCAUCUACGGGGCCUAUCCUGGAGCUACCGAGCUCUACGUACCCUGUCGCGCAGAUCUGGCCUGCGGCUUGCAGGUGACUCCUGGGAGCCCUUGUACCAGGGGCCACUGCACCAACCCGGACUGCACCUACGACCUGGUGGCCCAUUGCAGGCAGUACAUGCAGUCACCCCCCGAGUCUAGGACCACGUACAUAGAGGGGACUCCGUACUUCCUGGCGGGUCCCCCGGACUCCAUCGCCCCCGUCCAGGAGUACGAAAGGACCGAGACGACCAACGCCAUCGCCAGAAUGUACGAGGACGAGCUCCUCCGCGGCAUCCAGCACGGUCUCAUGGACGAGGUCCCGGUCAAGACCGAGGUGGAGUACCGGAAACUCGUCGACGAGAAGCUCCCCCUUAAGAAGAGGAUCAAGGCCCACCAGAUCGUGUCCGGCGGGUGUGACGUUAAUGCCAGUAACUACCCGAGCACGCCGAUGAUCUCGAUCGCUGUCCUGGAACAGGGGCCGGUGGUCGAGGACGUCGGCGAGGCUUCGAAGACCGGCCUCGAGGCCAAGGAGAACGACGACCCCCCUUUGAGGGUCCUUCGACGCUACUCGGCGUCGGAGAUGAUCCGCAGGGACUACAGGAAAGGUCACCCGGCGAACGGUCGACACGAUUUCCCAGACGACGAGAGGCCCACGAAGAACGGCCAGGUGAACGGCCAGGUGAACGGCCAGGUGAACGGUCAGGUGAACGGCCAGGUGAACGGUCAAGCGAACGGUCAGGUGAACGGGCAACCUGGGACCACCGAGUGCCAACGAAUCUUCAAGACCCCCGCCCAGAGGAAGGAACUAACCGUAGACGGAACCUCGUCCCUGAAGAGGAUCGCCCCCGCGCCCGUUCUCCAGAGCAAGGCUCGCCCUGACCCCACCUCGCAGCUGCCCCUGCCCCCGAAGAAGCGCAAGGUCUACACCGAGGACAAGCAGACCAGAAGAUCGAGGCGAAUCAUUCCCAGGGUCAUGUACAACUACCCCGAGGAAAUUGAAAGGGACUCGUGGAGCAGAAGGAGGAGGCGGAGGAGGACCUGCCGAUGAUCCGCGGCCAUCGUCCCCGGGUCGCUCGCCUCCAUCUGGACCCUGGGCGCGUCCUGCACCCCGAGUCGAGCGUGACCUGGACCUCUCCUGGAGGCUGCAACCGUCUUCGAGAUCUCUGCCUGUAAUUAUUCAGACCCGGAAGUGGGCAUCGCCUGGACCUCUCCCGGAGUCUGCGACCGUCUUCGAGAUCUUCGUCGAUACCUGUAUAUAGACAUAGAAGAUCGAGGAAGAUCCGAGAAGCUCGCUCCACAUUGAAGAGCUCUUCUCCAGGGACUCUUUAGCUGUGGAUCUUCCGGAAGAUCCCGCUUUAGUGUCCAGCUCUCCACCGGAAGACUGCCUAGAAGAUGAUUAUAUUGAGAUUUAUUGUCUUCGCCGAUAUUAUUGAUAUUAUUACUGAUACUAUUAUUAGUUGUAGCGACGUUUUAUCGAUACUAUGGGCAACGUUUGUCUCGUGGCCAGGUCGGAAUGGACUGGCUCUGGUGGGCCCUCUGGAUGAGCUCCGUCUCUCCCUACCUCUGACUUUUUUCUCUCUUUCUCUCUCUCCUGGUUUUUAGCACGCGCUAGCUUCUAUUUCUCUCCUCCGACUUUCGGCAUGCUCCGUGCACAUGGGUACAAAUUAUAAUUAAUAAUUAUCAAAGGGUUGACGAGGCCCCCCAUAGCUCCGUUAUGGAGCCCCAUUGCCCCUGAUAGAGCCACCCCAACUUAUCUCUUGGGACGCUCGGAGAGAGACUUUUUUUACGGUGAUUAGCAUACCGUGUAUCAUAUUCGUAAAUUUUGCACAGAGAUGCAUCUCGCGAGUAAAGCCUCGAUAGCUGCAUCGAUCCUGAGGUAAGGACUAGUCGAAUUUUCGAUUUAACCCGAUGUGAAAUACGGUUUUUUAUACCCUAGUCAACGGGACGAGAGCUCCCCGAUACUUCCGUACUUUCUUACAUUAUUUAAUUAUACAAGUUAGGUAUACAUUUUUUUUUUUUUAUUCAUUCUCAGAGUCAAUAGCCUCUGCGGGCGGGAUUCCUGCAGAGCGCGAGUAGAUUAAGAUAGUUUACAGUUCCUGAGGAUCUCAUAUUAAAAGGUACUCCCAUUUUGGAGUUUUGUACAGAGCAUAUAUAUUUAAAAAAAAAAUUUAUUUAUUUAUGUAGUUUUAUGCAUAAAACAUGUUAACGAAGUCCCAGGAACUUCGGUUGGGAUUUCCUUCUACCAACGGUGUGUCAUUUACCCAUUUCUUUAUCGGUUCUUCUAGAUCUAUAUCUUGGUCCGAUACGUGACAUACUGGUAAUCGCAAGUCCACCUGUUGGGCGUGAGAAAGUCAUGCGUGGAUGACCGAGAAGGAAUCAGCGACGUGGCAGCAACAUCAGCAAUGAAGUACCGAGCCAUCUCCUUUAGGAUGUGAAAGGCAACAUUCUCGUAGAUUCCGAAGAAUCAUCCGUUUAACCUCGAGGAGCGUCCUUACUAGCUCGAGCAAACAAUGCCAAUAAAUCUGCCAAAUAGAACCGAAAUAGUCAUACAGAGUUAGAAUUAAAUUAGGAAAGGGAUGUGGCCAGAGUGUGGUAUAGUUUUUUCUCCAUUUACACGGCGACGCGUUAUGGCGGUUCCCACGCGUUGGGUGAAGUCGACGCUAGCGCCGCCCGCGGCGGAAAGUCUCGCUAGCGAGCGGCAAAAUUCGUAACGAGAUAUUAGCGGAUGAGAGAUUUGUUAAAGGACUUAUUCGAGUCGUUGAUAGUGGGCGAAAGGUUAUCGAGAGUACCCAGCUCGCCGCGGACAUGUAAACGUGCCGGAUAAACAGUCAUGCGACGUGUAAUCACCGUUACAAAUUGUUUGAUAUUGACUUUUCGUUUCAACAUAACUAGCAACCCCUGACAAGUUUCUGCGAAAAUUUCAUGUUUCAUGGGUGAGAGUUUUAAUUACGUGGUUAUUCACCGCGAGUGAAAUGGAAAGGAGAUUUUAAUUUAGUUCGUGUAACGAAAUAAUGAGGAGGCAAAAUUAUAAGCGAGGAAAUUGGGUGUCUAAUUGCAAUGCGCACGUUGAUAUGUAUAAUUAUAAUUAAGUAGCAAGUAAUAGCGGGUGACGCGGUUUUCCUACUUAAUGGAUUUUUCUUGUUUUUGUUUAAACAGAGAGUUUAUAUGCACGUUUGCACGCGUACGCACGAGCUGAGUAAAUUCGGGCGCAAAUUUGUGCGUGAUCGAUUGCUGGGGGGGAUUGGGUUUUCAGGGGGUUUUCUUCACUUUGUGCUUUUUCCUCGUCGAUGUUAGGGAGUUAGAGGAGGUUGGCGAAACUUUUUAAUGAAAUUGUUAAGGACUAGGCAAGGCAGGGCCGAGAUUUUAUCGGUACUAUCCCAGGGCCGGCCAUUGAACGAUUUCGUCAAGAGGAUGGAACGUCUUCGGCGUCUCGGAAGAAGAAGACGAAGAACGGGUCCACUCGUGGGCCUUACAUGCUUAUAAUCUUUUAACAGUUUUCCCUAGACACCCACACACCGCGUCCUGGGGAUACCUGGAGAGUUUUCGCGCUGUAAAUACGAAGGGAUACCGCCGAGUACUCCGCCGGGACGAAAUCGUUCUCAGGACGUGUCUUCGAGAUGAAAAGAAAUAUGGAAAACGAAGACGAAAGGGAUGACAAUUUAGUACACAUUUUAUACGCCGUUUAAUACGCGCGACGCAGCGAAACGACAAAUGCGGACUCGAGAUCCGAUGCGUACUUUACACCCUAUUUAUCACGAACGGAUAUAUUUAAUUCCCCCGCGACAUCGUAAGAUUCAAGAAAAAUUCCGCAAUAACUUUCCUUUGAUCUUGUUCUUACUCUCUACGUAUAAUUAUAGUUGCAGUCCGAUCGCAUUCAAAGAAAAGCUCUGCUUAACAUGCGCCGCCCUCGCCAAUUCGAUAUACAUACUUGUAUAGGGUUCGUUACAGAAUACAUUACUUUGAGUAUGUUACAAGAAAAUUUCCCUCGUCUGGGAUAUAAAGUAGCGUGCCCGCGCCAAUUCGGAUUCCUCGGUGAAUGGAUGUCUUCCUGGCAGUCCGGUCGAAUGCAAGAAACCUGCCUUUGUAAAAAAAAAAAAAAGAAGAUUCAGAGUCCAACCCUGUACAUAGUAAUCAAAAGUCCAGCCGCGAAUUGUAAUGGAAACACGGAUGAUUAACCUAGGGGGUAAAAUAUGCAUCGGGGGUCCACGUAUCGCUGGGUCGCGAUUCUUCCAAGUACAGAAACCUCGUCGCGUCGAGGGAUGCACUUGGCGCGAAACUCAGCCGAGCCAGUCGCGUCUUGGAAAUGUCAAAACCACGUGUGGGCGUUAAUCUACGCGCCACUUACACUCCACACACAACCACAAAUAUCGCGAAUACGUAAUUAAGUAUAUAUAAAUAUAUACAUAUAUAUACGAAUAUAUAAAUAUAUAUUAUAAAAGAGAAGAGCAGUUUUAUAUACGAACUGUUGUUAAUUAGGGUAACGCGCGUCGGCGGGCAAUUGUCCCCUAAGGAUCGUCGGAAUGUAUUUUGACUCGUUAUCGCACCGAUCGAGCAAUUUCCGUCGUUCCUAUUUUUAAUUAUUUUUUUAUUUUUAAUUUUUAUAUUUCCAACGGGGACGCCUCGUAUCCGAGGCGGGAAAAACAAAGUGCCCGAGAGAAUGAACUUAAGGCUGUCGAGGAGACCUGCGUUCCUCGCAAACCCAGGAUGAAUUUUCGCCGGCAUAACGGGAGAUGGAUUCUUUUAUUCCGUUUUCUUUUUUCAUUUAAUUUUUUUUUCCCCCUCCCCGACGUUUUUCGCUAAAACGGAAGAACGGCAAAGCGACCCGGGGAGAGGAGAGCAUAGUCGCUCCCUCUGCAUGUCGGUCUUUCUUUAGUUGGUUUUAUUUUGUAUUCUUUAUUUUUCAUUACCGUUCAUUUUCCCUCUUCUCGCUCCAUUUUCUUUUAUUUUUUGUUUCACCUUAAAUCGCCAUCGUGCCGCGUUAGCACUUGAUUGCCAUAUCCCCGAUAUACCUGAUCUCGAAUCUGUGAUGGUUAGCUAUGCGGUAGCUAAUGCUUUUGUUGUACAAAAAGGUGUCGUACCUUGCUAAAUACUCUGUUGACGAGCUUGAUCUGCCGUUGCCAAAUACGUUAAUACGUCUCUCCCCCUCGUCACCUUUAACGGGCACUUUUCAUCUCCGCUUUGUGAACGGCGCUUGGAACGAAUCUUCUAUAUCGGCAUCUAUUUUAUAUUUUUUCUCCUCGUUAACUUUAAUUCAUAGGAAAAAAAAAUCUACCGACAAAACGAGCGCCCUCGGGUUUAACCAGCGAUUACAUAUUCCAGUAUACGGUGAAUUAUUCGAAAGGCUUGCGUACCGGAAAAUCCGCCUUAAAUAAUCAAGCAACACCGGGGGAUGUUCGAGCGACCCCGAAUUGAAUAUUAACAACCCCUUUAAGUCCUAAUUUUAAUAGUUAAUAGUCGCUGCAACAUUAAUGCGCACCUCAGAGGUGAGGAUUUCCCAGUUGUCAAAGAUCUCGGAUCGGAAUUAAUUAAGAAAUGAUAGUUAUAAAUUUACUUUCAAUGUCGGACCAGGCACCGUUCACAGAACAGCGACGCGAAUCCCAGAAUGUGUUCCAAGCUCGUUUCCCGAAGCAUAGGUACUCUCGCACUUUGCGAAACAGGAGGCAAAAAGCAAUUGUCACUAGCUCUUCUCCUUUUCUCUCUUUCUCCGGCCCCUUCCUGUAAUUUAUUUACGUUAAUUAUCCAAUGUGAAGUCUGAUACGUCUAGUUUGUUAGCGCUCGUCGUAGUCGGGCCGCCCGUAGGGGCGAAAACGCGCGUACGGCUACCUCGGUAACCCGAAUUUACGAAUGGACUAUAAUAAUUGUAGCUGGACUCGCGAUAGUCGCUGGUUUCCCUUCCCCUUUGCUUGGACUCGACGAUUUCCUUCGCACCUUGGACAAUUCAUUAAGCAAAACAUGGAAAAGAAACAAUUCGAAGAGGACGCGUCACUUACGCCUUACCUGGCGGUGAACCGCGUCCUUUUAAUUUCUCGCUUAUUUUCGAGAUCAAUCGAAGGUAUUGCUUCUAAUAUUUAUACCUAAGUACUUCAAUUAUAAUGUGUCAUUAAUGUUACGUAGAAAAUUGCAAUCGGUAAUGGGAAUUUCGUGAAAUAAUCAAGUUAUUGCGCUUCCACUUACGCCUGCAGGAAAUCCAAGAUGGCGGCCGGUCGUAGUCUUACACUUUUGUUAGAUAUUUACUCUUUUACUUAGCUGCGAGUAGAGAUAGAGGGGAAAAGAAAAUGCAAGCAAUGGUGGAGGGAAACCUAGCGCAGUGUUCACCGAUGAAAGUCUGACGCCUUAGAGAGUAAUGAGUUUCCUUAGAUUAGCGGCGAGAUGGUGAGAUGCCUCUUUUGCGUUGAGACAUUUAGUUGUUAAUUUAGCCUUUAUUUCCUAGUUUUCUUUCGUUUGUAAUUCCUCUCCGGUUGCGGGCGCAAGGAGGCUAGGCAAGCCUCGGCGAUGCGGAUUGUCGCGUUAUCGGCGAAUUAAUUCCACUGUUAAUGAGAAUAACUACCAUUGCGACGGGUGGAAAGGCGAUCGUGUGUUAAAUUUACUCGUAAUGGUUGUUAUUGCCCUUUGAUUGGAUUAUUAAUAACGAGAGUGGCACUUUCGGACCGAAGGACAUUUCUGCGGUGUCAGAAAAUUUUUAAUAUUGUAAAAUUCAAGCCCUGCCCGUUUUACUCCUCUCGAAGGAAGGUAGAAGUUAAUUCCAUCUUGAGAGGAACCUUGAGAAGCGAUUCAAGAACGACCAACACCCUGCGCUAGAGUGACGGCGGUCGGUACCGCUCGACCUGUGAUCUGCGAAAGCGAUUUUCCGCUUAACGCCUCGCGAUGGAAGAAAAUGCCUCCUGAGAAAGUUAUCGACUAUAAUCUGUCGAGGAAAGUUUAUCCGAAGCAUUUUUUCACGUCGCGCGUCGUUACCGCGGAAAAUCCCGAUUUGCAGCUAGGUGUACGAGACACGGUCCCGGUUUAUCUUGCGCGAAAUUAAUUGCCUCUCGAGUUGGUCACUCUGGAAGAAUUGUUGAAAUUAAUUCUCCAUUCGUUCCCCGAAUACUUGUCAAUUGACGCGUGCUGCGGUUUUCAUCUUAAUACAUAAUUACAUAGAUAUCUGUAUACCGAAUCAUGGGAGGACCGGUCGUGACGGCCGCCUUUCCCGUGUAAUAGCGAUUUUCCGCUUUAACGCCACGCAGUGGGGCAAAUCGUCCUGUAUAAAAGUUCCUACCAACGUUACGGGGAACAACUUUCAUUCGACCCAUUUCUCCGUACGGUGCGUCGUUAUCGGAGAAAAUUGCAAUUACCCUCGAGGCGCGCAGAAAGUCGUCACGACCUCCCUCAGGGUUGCCCCAAUGUAACCACUUCAUCGUUACUCGAAAUUAAUUCCGUCAUUACUUUGUGAUUAUCGCGAAAAGACUGUGAAAUUGAUCUUCAAUGCGUUGCCGACAUAGUCUGCCGAAUAAUUUUAUUAUACCUAUGUUUACGUAUACGAAUGAUCCGUCUGGUAUAUUAUUUUAAGUUCGCCGAGGCGAAGAGACUAAUUUCACUCCCGUUGUUUCCUUUCUUCUCUUUCGGCUGUUCUAUAUAGAUAUAUAAUUUUUUUUAUCUAGUACUUAGCGGUAAGCGGUAAUAAUUAGUCAAGGGAAUCUCGAGUCUGCCAGUUUGGUGAUCUGUCGGGCCGACGUUCAUAAUUAAUUUAAUAUAAUUACAGGUCCGUCGCGACGUGUGCAUAUAUUAUUAAAAAUACUUUCAUGUAUAAAUCUUCCCGCGAUUGCUUGUACAUUUCACCGUAUCAGAGAGGCAUCCGUGAUCUAUUGUAUUAUACGUGGCUUUCGUUCGAUAACGUCGUUUCUCGUAGGUGCGUUCAAAGGGGCAGAAUCGUCGAGAGAUUUCUUCGAUUCUGUCCCCCUUUUCGGUCCCUUGGCUUUGUACAUAGACACGCCUCUCCCGUAAGCGUUUAACACCUGUACAUUAACGAUGCGACGAUCGUUAUUUUUAUAUAACCCUCCCUAGACCCAGAGUACUUUUUAGGAUAAAAUUUACCCGACAUUGUAUAUUCUAUUUAUUAGACGGAUCGACGAUUGUUCGAGAAAUAAAUGUUAAAUCCCAUAACCUGUAGGCAGACUUAAUUCAACUUCUUAUCUCUCUUUAUUUUUAUGUUCCAGGAGUAUGACCAGAAUUAAGAGUUCUCAUAGAUGGGUAUCGAUGGCGCGAUCGCUCGUAAGAAAUUUUAAUAAGAAAAGGGAAAAACGGAAUCUCUAUUAUUCGAG